AUGUCAAAUCGAUCAGAGUUGUCACAAACAGAGCCAGAAUGUAAAUAUUUGUGGAAAUCUCAACCUUUAAAUCAAGUGGAGGGGAUGUUGAUUCAUAAUUAUGAACAUGACGGCAAAUGUUUAUUUGUUUGUGAUCCUGGAUUGUCAGAAAUUCGAAUUCUGAAUUUAAAAACAGGUGAUGUUCUUGGGUCCAUUAAGACGCAAGAAAAACCCUAUGGUAUUGCUAGCACGAGUCUCGAUGGAGACUUGAUGAUUACAGUAUUCCAUCAAGUUCUCGUUCUACAAAAAAACAAUUCAGGAGAAUAUUUUACCAAAAACAUCAUUGAAAAACCACAUGAAUCAUGUUGUGUCUUUAGUUUUCCUUAUUCUUUGGUUGUUGAUUCAAUUUCACAACAACUCAUGGUUAUGGAUAGCGAUGAAGGAAAAAUACAUGUGCUUUCUCUCAAAGAUGGAACAGAAUUGAUAUGUUUCAAUGGUCCAUCUGACAACGCAUUUUCUGAUUAUUCCUUUUCAUUGAGUUUAAGCGGUGCAUGUCUGAACGAAUAUUCAGGAGAGCUGUUUGUGUGUGAUUUUUAUUCCCAACGUGUGUUGAUUUUUAAAAAUUAG